GGACACCCCGUCGCCCAAACUGAAAUGAGAGAAGUUAAGCAGCAGGUGAAUAGUUUGUUCUUGAGCUUCCCACUCCAGCUACGGACGGAUCCGUUUAUGAGGAGCCUAAGCGUCACCGACAUUUGCUUUUGAUAAUUUCCAGGCGGUGAAAACAUGGGUCGUGCAAAAAAAGCAACAACCGAAGCCGUCAAAUCCAAGUGGCCAUCCAAAACAGGGCAAAGCGGAAGAUUCCGGAAGCCGAAGCCUCUGGAGGUCGAACCGACUUCGAAAAUUUUGAGAACGAGGCAAACUAACGGACAGCGCCAGUCAGCCAAACAAAUGAACGAGAAACAUCUUCAAUCGAUGCUAGCCGAAAAACUUAAACAACAAAGCAUAUGCUUGAGCAGCAGUGGACAUAUGAUGGUGACUAUUCCGGAAGACGUCUCGCUUUGCUCCAGCUGCCCUGGAACCUCAUGCGAUCCGCUGGAUCUCGGAACCACAUCGCCAGUUGUGAAUCCAGAACCCGAAAUAGCGAAUGAUGCGGAACGCUUCCCGGUUCCAAUUUCGAUAAAAGAAGAAACUUUGAACACAUUGAAUAGCGAUCGAGGAGAUGGUUCAGAUACUGAGACCGAAGGAAGCAUUGAAGAAGCCGAAAAUACAUGUGGUACAGAUUCAUCAUUUCCAGUACCAGCAGAGAACGACAAAUCUAGUUCUGCACAAGGCGAUAACGCAAAUGAAGCACAGUAUUGGAAGACACGAUACCAAAGUCAGGCGGCCAUGGUAAAACGAUUGUCAAAGCAACUACUUGAGCAUCGAGUUAAACUCGCGCAACUGAAAGACUUGGUAGCCUUCCAGAUGUCAGAGAUAAGGGAUCUAAAGAUGGGAAAACAAAGCAGUGCAUUUACCAUUGAAUCUGGAAUCGAUAUAACGAUUGAGCAAAUAGAGUCCAUCCACUUGGAAUCGAAAACAACUGCUAUCUUUGCCCAGAAGUUAGCGAUGUUUUUUUAUGGGGCAGAUGAACUACGCCGACGUCGAGUAACUUCAAAGGGUGGUGAUCCAACAAUGCUACCAAUAUCACCAAAGAAGUUAAAAUUCAUCCAUAACAACGAGCUGCCAAAGGGUUGAUGCCUACGAAACUAUUUUAUUGGAAGCAGAUAAAGCUACGCUUAAUAGAGCACUGGC